GAAAAGCACCUACCUAUAGCGGACAUCCAAUUACCCAAGUUUAUAGUUAUAAUGGUCUUGACAUGAGUGAGCAAAGUCAACCAAGAAACCUUUAGCAAGUUCAAGAUGGACAGCAUUCUCUGCGAUGAGCUCCUCCAAGAAAUCUUUCACCGCCUCCCGCCGUCGUCAUCAGCAGCAGUCUCUUUAGUCUCGAAGCGGUGGCUCCGUCUACUCCGCUCCUCCACCGUCGCUCUCUCUCUCACCUUCAUCAGUACUCCCCUUGCCCUUCCUUCUCUCUCCUCUUUCCUCUCCCACCAUCCCUAUCUCUCUUCUCUGUCGCUCUCCGACUCUUCUUCUUCCUCCUUCUCCUCUUCCUCCCAUCACCUCCUUCAGUCCAUCGCCUCUUCUUGCCCCAACCUCCGUCACCUCCGCUUCCUGGCUGAGCCCGUUUCUGGGUUCUCUCUGCUUUCCCUUUCCAAUUCUUGCUCUCAUCUCUCUUCGCUUACCAUCACUCUCUCCAGACCUCUCUGUUUCCAGUGGCUCGCACCUCUCCGCGCUCUUAAAGACCUUUCGGUCUUUAUAACCGGAAGUGAAACCGAAUUGUUCAGCUACAACGGCUUCGCUUCAGUUCUUGAUGCUGAACUGAAUUUAGAGUCUCUUUCCCUGUGUGGAAGUCGAGGGGUUGAUUAUGGCCUCAAUUUUCUAUGGAGGAAUUGCAAGAAACUGGAGAAAUUGAAGCUGAAAAGCUGUGAAUGCGUGGGAGAUAACGCGUCUUUUUCAGCAUUUAUCAAGGGAUUAGAGACUCUCAAAGAAGUGGAAUUGAGGACUUCUAGGACUGUAGCGGAUGGGGUUUUAUUAAAAUUAGCAGAGGGCUCUGUUUCUUUAAGUUCUUUGCUGGUCUACGAUGGCGGUAGUAAAGAGGGCUUGCUUCAAUUCAUUAGUCAUAGCAGGGCUGACGUGCAGAAACUUGACUUGAGGUUGCCUCUUGAUCUCGACAACGAUCAUUUGAUAGCAGUGGCUGAGAAUUUCCGGACCCUAUCCAGUUUAAGAUUGCAGAGUUGUUGUCUUGUUACUGGUGAAGGGCUAAAGACUAUUGGCAGAGCUUUGAGUGAAGAGCUUGAGGAGCUGGCUUUGAUAAAUUGUGAUGUGGUUGAAAGAGAACCUGGGUUGUUGACGACCUUGGGACAGAAUUUGAAAAGGUUGAGGAAAUUGGACUUGUCUUAUAAUGAAUUGUUGCUUGAUAAAGAGCUCUCAGCAAUGUUGGUAUCGUCUAGUAACCUGAAGGAGUUGAAGUUGAGGGGCUGUAAUAGGUUGACUAAUAUGGCAAUGGUCUCUAUGGCUAGGAGGUGUAAGCAGUUGGAGACAGUUGAUAUAAUGUAUUGCUGUCGGAUUGAAAUGGAGGCGGUUGAGCUGUUUCUCUCGAAUUCUUCUCAUCUGAGACAGUUGCAGGUUGAGGAAAGCAAGCUUUCCGUUGUUGCCAAAAAAUUGGUAUCAAAAAAUUGCAUUGAGAUUGUCGCCUAAUCGAGGGAUGGAAAGCACAUGAACUUUGGAUUUCGUUAUAUGUUGCAUCUGAAACUGGUAAAUGUUGCUUCUUGGUGGUCUCAUUGUACAUGUUUCACAUACUGUAAUUUCUGUUGCAAACCAUAACUAGCCAACUUUCUUGGCGCCAAUAAAUGAUUCUGUAGACCAGACAGGGAGACUUGCUGUUGUAACAUUCUGUACUUCAAUUGCAAGUAUACUUGUUAUCUUUUGGUGACAAGACUUGAGCGUUAAUUCUUGUUCUUACCUAUUGUAUAUAAAGAAAUCGUGGAAUUAUAUGGACA